AGAGGUGGGUGGAUAGCUGGAGUCUGGGAGACUGCGCUAGGACAACAGACAAGCCCCAGAGUCUGAGAAAUACUGAUCCAUCCUUACUGAAAAAAGCACCAGGUAAAGGCCAUGUCACCUCCUGGAAAAGUUCCUCGGAAGGAGAACCUGGGGCUCCAGUGUGAAUGGGGGUCUUGCUCCUUUGUGUGUUCAGCCCUGGAGGAAUUCUUCGAACAUGUCACUGAGCACCUGCAGCAGCAUAUGCAGGGCUCCAGGGAGGACGAAGAGGAGGAUGACCCACUUGUGGAAGAAUUCUCCUGCCUGUGGCAGGAGUGUGGCUUUUGCUCUCUGGACAGUUCUGCUGACCUCAUCCGCCAUGUCUACUUCCACUGCUACCACACCAAGCUGAAACAGUGGGGGCUGCAAGCUCUGCAAAGCCAGGCUGACCUCAGUCCCUGCAUCCUGGACUUCCAGAGCCGGAACAUCAUCCCUGACAUCCCUGACCACUUCUUGUGUCUGUGGGAACAUUGCGAGAGCUCCUUCGACAAUCCUGAGUGGUUCUAUCGGCACGUGGAUGCACACAGCCUGUGCUGUGAAUACCAAGCUGUCAGCAAGGACAACAAUGUGGUGCUGUGUGGAUGGAACGGCUGUACCUGUACCUUCAAGGACCGGUGUAAGCUUCGAGAGCAUCUCCGCAGCCACACCCAGGAGAAGGUGGUAGCCUGUCCUACCUGUGGGGGCAUGUUUGCCAACAACACCAAGUUCUUAGAUCACAUCCGUCGUCAGACUUCAUUGGAUCAGCAGCGUUUCCAGUGCUCUCACUGUUCCAAGAGAUUUGCCACAGAGCGACUGUUGCGGGACCACAUGCGUAACCAUGUGAAUCACUAUAAAUGUCCUUUGUGUGACAUGACCUGCCCACUGCCUUCCUCCCUCCGCAACCACAUGCGAUUUCGACACAGUGAGGACCGGCCCUUUAAAUGUGACUGUUGUGACUACAGUUGCAAGAAUCUGAUUGAUCUCCGGAAGCACCUGGACACUCAUAGCAAGGAGUCCGCCUACAGAUGUGAAUUUGAGAACUGCAGCUUCAGUGCUCGGUCACUCAGCUCUAUCAAGUCCCAUCACCGAAAAGUACAUGAAGGAGACUCCGAGCCAAGGUACAAAUGUCAUGUGUGUGACAAAUGCUUCACCCGUGGCAACAACCUCACCGUGCACCUUCGAAAGAAGCACCAGUUCAAGUGGCCCUCAGGACACCCCCGUUUUCGGUACAAGGAGCACGAAGAUGGCUACAUGCGGCUGCAGCUAGUUCGCUAUGAAAGUGUGGAGCUGACACAGCAGCUGCUGCAGCAGCUCCAAGAAGGAUCAGACCCAGGAGUGACACUGAAUGAAAGCAGCCUGCAGGGCAUUGUUCUAGAAACAGUGCUAGGGGAGCCAAGACCUGAGGAAGAGGCCAGAGAGGAAGAUAGGAGUGGUGAGGGGACAGCUUUCUCAGCUUCUCAGGACAACCCCAGUUCUCUCAUCCAUGUGCUAAAUCAGACCAACACCCAAGGCCAGCGAGAGCUUGUCUACUAUGUGCUGUCUGAAGCCCCAGGAGAGCCCCCGCCAGCCCCUGAACCACCCUCAGGAGAUGUCGUGGAAAAGCCUCAAGGGAUACCUGAGGAGCCAGUGGUCCAGAUGGUGUGAAGGCUGCAGAGCCAGACCAUUUCUACUCCAGACCUUGCAGUUUGAGCCAGGCAGGUAGCAGUGCCCCUAGUGGGCAGCCCUUGGCAUGGAUGCCUUUAGGAGUGGUGCUGAGAACAUUGUGCUCCCUUCUGGCCCAGGAUGGCAUCAUUCUGAGGACUUCCCUUUUUUGCCAUACUGCUCUUUGUGGACCACCUGAGGAGUUGGAUUCUUUAAGGCGAUCCUGGAUGUAUGUACUCAUUAGAAGAGGUGUUGUCAACAGCUUAAGCAUAACCCCCUUGGCAUGCUAGACAAGUGAAUAAAUCUUUAGUCCACAUCCAUUCUCAUCUCUAGGGGUCCAUAGGCCCAGGGAUGAUGAAUGGCUGUUCCUUACAAAGACCCCUUCCUCACUAUGAGUUAAGCAUUGAGAACCAGGUAGCCAUUUCUCUUAAGGUUUCCUCCUAUAUCCCAGGGACAUUGUGGUUAUCUUCAGGGACAGGAGUGGAGGCACUCUGUGUGUGUGUGUGUAUGUAUGUGUGUGUGUGUGUUUGGCAAUAAAAGAAUUACUUGGACUGACUUACUUCCUAAGUGUGGUCUCAGUUUAACUAGAUAACAGGGAGAAGAGCUACCCAGAAGAGUUGAAUGACUAGGCUUUCCUUUAGUGACCUGGAUGGUUUAUUUAACUGUCAACAUUCCCCUUUGCUAGAAUUUGUCUGUUUCUUUAGAGCAUCUGUUACCUCUGUGAAGGGAGGCCUCAGGCAGUUGACCAUGAGUGAACAUGACCAUUGUUACAGAAUGAACUUGUGAAAUGGGGCUUACCCAGGAAGGUAGAGCAGCUAGCCAGGGCUGUGCCCAAUUAGGACUCUAAUUGGAACCCUGUGCCUUUAGGGUGGGUGCAAUUGUGGAACUGCAAAGGAAGCUGGGGAUGGAGGAUUAAUUGGAGGUCACCCAGUUAAUGCCAGGUACACAAGGUGGCCAGGAAUGAAGUUAGAAAAAUGUGUGUUUAUACAUUUUCCUGGAGAGUGAUCUAAUUUUCAUUGUAUUUUUAUUUUAUGUAUAUGAGGCGUAUGAGUGUAUUGCUUGCAUGUAGGUAGGUGUACUUGUGUAGGUAGGUGUACUCGUGUUGUGCAGUGCCUGCAGAAGUCA